AUGAAAACUCAGAAUACAAUAGCGAUUCUGGGGAUGAUUUGCCAAAUUUAACAAUCAAUAAGCAACAAAUUUUGCGAAAAUAUAAAUAUCUUAAUCGCCCUAAUUGCCCCAGAAAAGAAUAUCUUUAUGCUUCGGAAAAUAUUCAGCCUGAAGGAUGGAUUAUCCAGCAAGAAUACCCUCAUUGCUAUAGAUAUUUCCAUAACUUAUCUGAGUUUGAAAUAUGGCAUGAAUCGAUACUCGAAAACCAGCAUACAUUUCAUAAAGUUAUUCGGACUAGGCAAUCACAAAAAAUCAAGAUUGAUAAAUCGUUUGAUGGUUUCAUCGCUAAUACAUAUUUUAAUUCAUGGCAGAAGUCAACUGAAGUUACACGUAAAAAAGAUGAGAUUUAUUUAUAUAUUAAAAAUACUCUUCGAAUUGCUAUAAAAGAAAUAACUGGAUUAAAUCUUUCAAAAGAUGAUCUUCUUGUAGCCGAUUCCUCAAAUGAGUCUAAGUGGAGUAAAUAUUUGAUAUUACCUAGAUAUUUCGUUCGUGGUGCAUCCAAAGCUCAAAAAUUUACAUCGCGAAUCUUAGAACUUCUUCUAGAAAGAAUGCAUCCUUUUAUUGAUGAAAAAGUAAACAAAGAUCUCUAUUGCUUUCGACUAGCGAGAAGUCAUAAAGCCAAAGACUCUUUAUGUAUUAA